AUGCCUAAGGUUACGAGUUGUAACGCCAGCCUCUGUAACGCGUUGCAACAGUGGGCUCAACUCGCGAGAGAACGCGAGUUACAGGGUAACUGCAGCAGCAGCGACCCAGCAGUCCGCUCCAGCUGCAAGCCUAGCUCAUUCACGUCCUUAAAGAACGCGUUCGUAUGGCGGACAAAUCCAAGCGCGUCAGGAACUCAGCAAUUCCCGAGCGAUCCGCUAAAAGCCGACCCGCUACCAGAGGAAGAGGUGGAGAGGCAACAGUCGGGUGGCGUGGGGCAGAUCUGCACGGAGGGGUGGAAACGCGGCGUGCUGGCGCGACUGACGAGCAGCACGUACGUCCGACAGAUGCUGGCGGACAACCAGACGCGCAUGGAGAACAUCACCGCCGGCAUUGACGCUGUGUGCGCGCGCACGCGGGAGGUGGAGGAGGGGCUGCUGGCGAGCAUUCGAAACGGCAGUGGCGCUGCCACGUCAGCAUGCGGUGACUGGCCUGAAGCGUGCUGGCCCGUGCCGCACAUGCCUUUCGCCAUGCUCUCUGUACGUGCUUUCCCGCACAUGCCUUUCGCCAUGCUCUCUGUACGUGCUUUCCCUCACAUGCCUUUCGCCACUCUCUCUGUAUGCAUCAUGCCUCUAUGCUCUCUGAUGGUUGCUU